CACCGAUGCUGCGAGUUCACCCCGGCCAGCCUGCUGCGACUGACGCAGAGGCUCACGGCUUGGCUCCUCCUCCUCCUCCUCCUCCUCUUGCACAGUGCGGUCUCCAUGGCAACGUGCAGAUGAGAGAGCAGCUUAGCAACAGCACGGCGAGCAUCCAGACUGCUCGGUCCUACAGAGCAGGAGACAUCCUCGACAAGAAUCCUCUGCGAGUAUCUAUGUGAUAUUAAGAGAAUUAUUUAUUAUUUUAAAAAUUUUCUUUAAGAUGAAGUUUAUGGUGGUUCUGGUGGGCGCUGGCACUCUGGCCUUCCUCGGCGCCGUCAUCUGCAUCUUCGCCAGCGUUUAUCCCCGUAAACGCGCCGCGGCUCUCUCCGACAACGGCACCCUGACGCUCCUCCAGCCUCUGGAGCGGCCCGGUGCGAUGGCUCACGCUGGCCCGCUCGGCGCGCUACAUGGCGCCGAGUCCUACGGCGGAGGAAAUGGACUCGGCUUGGGGCUCCCCACGUUGAACGAGCUCGACCUCGGGGAGGAGACCGGACAAGGCUCGGCCAAGGUGUUCAGCUACAGCCGACUCAUCUGCACGCCGGUUCCACUCGGGGACUGUAAAGGGAAAGAAGCCGGGCAACAGCCGCUGUCGGACGACCCUCUCGCCGACGAGGAGUGGACGUUCCUCCGCACCACUGCGGAGGAGCUCCGGCAGAUGGUUAUGCAGCAGAACGACCAGAUCCUCAUGGACCAGAGGACCAUCCGGGAGCUGACGGGCAAACUGAGUGAGUGCGAGAGCGGCCUGGAGGAGGAGGACGGCGGGAGACCCGGACCCGAGCGAAGCAUCGGAGUCUGGAGCGGCAACCGACGGGUCAUGGCCGGGGACGACGUCACCUCCUCGGCCGCCUCUCAGCUGCAGACGGCCCGAGCCGUGGAGGAGCUGGCGCGGGCUAUCAUGGAUUUGAAGGACCGAAUAGAAAAGUUGGAGGCAGAGAUCGGCCCAGCUGCCCUGAACCUCACUGACACGUCUACAGGAACAAGCAGUAGCAGCGGCACCCCGGUGGCUACAAAGCCUCCGACUCCAGCCACCGGCAACGCCAACCCUGGGCCCCCGGGCCCGGUGGCGGUAGGCCACGGGGCCCGUCGACCGGGCUCCUCCGCCUCCAAGCCCUCAGCCAAAGGGGUCCCCGGUCGCGGGAAGGCUCUCUGGAGGGUGGAGGACCUGGAGGGCGAGCUAGAGAGGAAAAUAAAAAUGCUGGAGAAGGAGCGGCAGGCCAUUAGGAAGGAGACACAGGGCCAGUAUGAGAAGAUCAACCAGGGCUUGGACACCGCCAACCACCGUGUCAGUGAACUGGAGCACACCCUAACCGAGCCGUCCUUCCCCGACGGCUUCGUGCUGUCCUUCCCCAUGCGCACUGACUACAUGUACGGCCUAGUGCGGAAGGAGAUAACUGAGAUGUACGCCUUCACCGCCUGUGUGUGGCUGAAGGCUAAGGAAGGCGGAAUCGGCACGCCUUUCUCGUACUCCGUGCCCGGACAGCCCAACGAGCUGGUGUUGCUGCAGGGAGUCCAUAACCCCGUGGAGCUGCUCAUCAAUGAUAAGGUGGCACAGUUGCCGCUGUCGCUCCCUCGGGAUGAAUGGCAGCACAUCUGCGUCAGCUGGACCCUGAGGGAUGGUGUGUGGAAGGCCUACCAGGGUGGCAAGAUGAAAGGUCGGGGGGAAGGACUGGCCGCUUGGCACCCCAUCAAACCUGGUGGAGUGCUCAUCCUGGGCCAGGAGCAGGACACCCUUGGCGGACGCUUCGACGCCUCCCAAGCGCUGGUUGGUGAACUGUCCCAGUUCAACCUGUGGGACCGGGUGUUGAAGCCCGCUGAAGUCGCCGCCCUGGCGGAAUGCAAUUCCUCAGUACUCGGCAACAUCGCCCCCUGGACCGAUCUGGACGUGGACGUCUAUGGCGGAGCCACCAAGGAGUCCUUAGACCCAUGCCACGCUGCUGAAAGAUCCAACCCCUCCAGCCCCAAACAGUGAGGGGGCCGGGUGCUGCGAGAGCUCACAUAAGGUCAAUGUAGUCGAGGGGUGAAAUAAAUUGCUUCGGAAUGCAAAGCGUUUGUUUGGAGCCAGAGAGCUGACGGGACGGCGCUCAUUGGACGUUUGGAGCUCGUCUGUUUUUCAUGUCUGGUGUGUUUAGUUCAAAAGUGAGGUUAGUCACUGCCUUAGUCAGGCAAUCAAAACACAAGCUUGUAGAUGAGAUGGACUAUCAUUGCUAAUUUGGGGUCAAUCAUUUCUGUGAAAAGAAAAACAGUAUCAGACUCUUCGGGUGUUACGGUUUUGAUGCAGGUAUAGUCACUGAUGAUGAAAACCCAUGUCAUUGCUUGUGUUUAGAUGCUGAAACUGACGCGUGUUAACAUUCUCGACGGGAAAACUUAACGUCAUGUUGAAGUGUACAUGGUCUGGCAUACUUGUAGAUUUUAUACAGUAAAGUUCCUCCCACCAUUCGCUUACAACAGUGAUCUUAUACCGUAAACGUGUAAUUUAUUGUGUGAUAAUGUAGCCUUGCCUUGCUAAUGUUGCUUCCACCCCCCCCCCCCCCCCUACCCCCGCCACACACACACAGCCCCAACGCAUUGUAGCCUAACACAAUUUGCAGACAGUCGCAAGCACAAAUACCAGCACGGUAAACUCAAGAAGAAUCAAUUUUAAUUUGACAAUUUAGAUUUUUUUUUCUUUUUGCAUGAAAUUCUGAGCGAACACUGCGUCAACGGUAGUUCAGCCUCUCAAACGUCUUGUUUGGGUAAAUUGGCAUUCACAAAAUAUAAAUUUAAAGAGAAAUAAGACAUGAAGACAAAAAAUAUUAAAAAAAAUAAAAUUGUACUUUAUGGCCAAGUCCAGUGUGACCUUCAGACACACAUUUAAACUAUUUUUCACCAAUAAUAAUGCCGUUAAAUUGCUAUGAUUCCGUUGCAUGGUGCGUUUCUCUGUUUCAUUACUAUUCAGUAAUAAAGUGACAAAAAAAGCUCAUGUAUAGCUUCCCUUCUUUUGAAGGGAUUGUAGCUGGUAUAAUUCAUUUAAAAUGUGGUUGUAUUAGCAUCAAAAGGCCAUUAUUGGUUGCAAGGCGGCUGCCAUUUUGUUGCUAUAAUGGACACUUGACUGUUGUCAAUGUCUGCGGUCAAAAGGGUGACGCAAAGAAUUCAGCGGUUUAUGAGAGGGGCUUUAAUUCUUACUAUACAAAAACAACUAACAAUGUGCAGUCAAGUGUACUUUGCUUCAAACCCUUUGUUACCUCGGUGCACGAGUACGAAGGAGUAUCACGGCCACGCUGAAAAGAAAAAAAAUGCAUAAAGUUGUACAUCUAUAUGAAUAGCUAAGAACCAAAUCUUAUUACGAGUUUUAAAAAAAUCAUGCAUAAUACGAGAAAAAGACAUGACGUUACAAAAAUACAGUCGCGAUAUUACCAGAAGAAAUUCACUUAUAUCAUAUCACCAAAAUAAAAUGACAAUAACAUGAGAACAGUCGUAAUAUUACAUGAAAUAAACAAAUCAUUUUACCAAAUAAAGUUUUGAUACCAUGAGAAUUAAAUCGUAUUUUAUGUGACUAAUAUUGCAAAAUGAGAGUACAGUUGUAAUCUUAAAAUAGGUACAUCUAUAAGGAUAAAUUCCAAUAUCACAUAAAAAGUUGACAGUUGUAAAUUGAAUAAAGUUGUUGGAGCAAAAGAAAAAAAAAUGGAAUUAAGAAGAAUAACGUGGCAUUCGGCUUCAUGUCAUCAUGUUACGACACACUCGGGUCGAAUUCAAAUCUGAUUCACAAAAUUGGUUCUCGCAAUAUUCCAAAUGUGUGACUUUCUUUUCCUGUGAUCUGAUAUUUGCUUUGUCUCUUCAGUGUAACAUGAUAGCCUCCCCUAUCCCCCAUCCACUAUUUCUUUUGUAAGUGCCUAUUUUUGGCCUCAAAAGGCCUACAGUGGUAGUCAAUCACUUUCCUAUUUUGUCUUCUCUCUUGCUUUACAUUAGUCAAGGCCGUAUUCCGUCUUUGUCCUCCUCUGCACCUCCACGCACUUGAUAUUGUGAACUCGGUGGAUGCGACUUAAUAAACUGAAUUUUGAUGGCAUCGUC